UACUCCAAUAUAAGCAUACCCUGCAGCAAAUUAAAAUAGUAGCAACGUUUUAGAAAAAGAAAAAGAAACAAUCUAGGCAAAUAAAAGAGUACUAGAAUAUGGCAAGUGCAGUGAUGAUGAGUUCAUUUAGCCUUAAUCCUUCUCCCUUCAGUACUACUGUGAAAAAGGCAUCACUAGCAAGGCCUUCAUCCUCCAGACUGAGAGUAGUGGCCAGUGGUGGCAAGAAGAUCAAAACUGAUAAGCCUUAUGGAAUUAAUGGAGGCAUGAAAUUGGAAGAUGGUGUUGAUGCCUCGGGCAGGCCGGCCAAGGGAAAGGGUGUAUACCAAUUCGUGAACAAAUACGGAGCUAAUGUUGAUGGAUACAGUCCUAUUUACAACCCGGAUGAAUGGUCUCCGAGUGGCGAUGUCUAUGUUGGAGGCAAGACUGGCUUAGCCAUUUGGGCUAUAACGCUGGCUGGACUUCUUGCAGGAGGUGCUCUGCUUGUCUACAACACAAGUGCAUUGGCCCAGUAGAUAAUUAAUUAUCCCACCAAAAGUUAAGUUGUAUUAAUUCGAUCUUAUACCAUAUAUGUGUAACAUGUACUAAAAAGGACUUCUCGGUCUCUUAAUCAAAUCUGUGUGUGCCAUGAUUUAAUUAUGUAUAUAUUAUUAU